GUCUGGCGGAUGCCCUGUGUGGGCGGGACUUCCUGGUGUUCUAUUCCGUGAUUGGCGGGUCCAGCCUCUGACCCCAGUGCGCAGACUCGUGCUUCUCUCCGGUACAAUGGCGGCAGUCGGAGCGCCGUCCUCCGUGUUUUCUCGGGUUUCUGUCCACGGAGCAGCAGCGGGAGAGUUAAUAAAGCUGUAAGACAGAAACAGCAGCAGUUGGUGAACUCUGGAAAGAAGAGAAACGGUUUGAGGCUCAGCUGGAACUGCUCAGUAACUGUUAAAGGAAAGUUUGGAGAGAGAAAAGCUAGCAGAGAUGUGGAGACAGCAGGUCAAACAGCGACUGGAUGCAGCAGAGGAGCAGAGACACGAAAUACUGGAUGCUGCUUUCAGCCCCGAACAUCGGCUGCACACAUCAGAUGUUCAGCAGGUUCUGCUGGUUAAACAAGAACCGAGUCCUGAUCCGGACCAGAACCACCCAGAACCCGUCCACAUGAAGGAGGAAGAGGAGGAAUCCUGGAGCAGCCAGCAGGGGGAGCCGCUCAGCGUGAAGGAGGAGGCUGAUGCCUCCAGGUCUCCAGUCAUUGCUGUUCUCAUAAAGAGUGAAGAUGAUGAAGAGGAACCUCUGAUCGCUCAUCUUCAUCAAACAGAAGAUGGAGAACUGCCAAGCAGCAGCUCAGCUCAGCAGAACCUGAAAGCAGAACCUGAGGGAGAGGAAGAAGGAGAGGAUGAUGAUGUGGAGCAGCCUGACUCAGGGUCUGAAACUGAAGACAGUGAUGAUGAGUGGAAGGACAGCAGGAGUCCUGAGUCCGGUGUCAACAGAUCCCUGAGCUGCUCUGAAUGUGGCCAGCAGUUUAACAACAAGCGCUCUCUUCAGAGUCACAUGGACGAUCAUUCAGCAGGAAGGAAAUUAUUUAGAGAGGAGGAUCCUGUGGAGCCACCAAAGAACACCCAUAAGGUUCUGAAAUAUUUUGCCUGUGAUGAAUGUGGAAAAAGUUUUGACAAGAAAAGUCAUCUAAGCAAACACAUGAGAGUUCACACUGGAGAGAAACCGUUUAGCUGUGAUCUGUGUGGCCAAAGUUUCAGCAUUAAAUCAACUUUAAACAGUCACAUAAGGGUCCAUACAGGAGAGAAACCGUUUGGUUGUGAUGUCUGUGGACACAAAUUCAGCAUCAAGUCGUCUCUAAACAAACACAUCCGGAUCCACACAGGAGAAAAACCUUAUUCCUGUGAUGUCUGUGGACAUGAAUUCAGUGCCAAGUCAGCUUUAAAUAUGCACACAAAAACCCACACAGGGGAGAGACCAUUCGGUUGUGAUGUUUGUGGGCAAAAAUUUAGCCGAAGGUACACCUUGAAUCUGCACACAGGAAAGCACACAGGGCAGAAACACUUUGUUUGUGAUGUCUGUGGGAAAGGAUUUAAUGACAACUCCAGUUUAAAGAAACACUUCAGGAUCCACACAGGAGAGAAACCAUUUGGCUGUGACAUGUGUGGGAAAAGCUUUAACGACAAGUCGACUUAAAAAAAACACAUGAAACUUCAUAUUUUUUGUAAUGUUUGUGGAAAAACCUUUAACCAAGAGGCGAGUUUAAACAUUCACAUGAGAAUUCACACUGAAGAGAAACAUAUGGUUAUGAUUUUAUUGCCAUAGAUUCUCGUGUGAGUUAGCUUAACAACAGGGAGUUCCAGGCCUUAUGUUUGAAGACUGCGUGUUUUGGGAGAGCAGGGGCGGGUUUAUGCACCAGGCCUCACAUUCAAAAAGAACCCUGAGAGACAACGUAGCUCUCAGAACAUCAUUUUAGGAACGUUCUUGGAGUCUCUGGAAUUCAUUCUUUUUUUUCCCUCCAGGGGGUCUUUUGUGGAUGUAGUGUCCCUCAUAUGACAGCAGGCUGACAGGAAAGAGGGAGAAAGGGGGGAAGACAUGCAGCAAAUGUCUCCGGGUCCGGGAAUCGAACCCACAACGGCCGCGUCGAGGACUCAAGGCCUCCAAAUGUGGGUCGUGCUGUCCCCUACGCCACCACAGCACGCCCGAGUCUCUGGAAUUCUAGGUUUUUUCCCAGAAUUUCACUUCAUUGAGAUAAAAAUUAUUCACAAAGCCUCUCAGGCUUUCAGAGAGCUGCUAACAUCACUAAAUGUUGGGUGUAGGAUCUUUAUUGAACCUGAGAGUGUGAAGCAGGGAAGAUGGAGGACAGAAAGAAGAGAUGUUUUUUUUUUGUUUUUAAAGUGGCUUUGUUUUUUCUUUCAUUUUUUAGAUUUAUUUUAUAAUCUGUCAUUGGACUGCAGAAACAAAUCAGCCUUUGCUCUAAUAUGUUACAGCGCAUCAAAUGGUGAAAUGCUCAUGUUUGAGCUGGACAUUGUCCCUUUGUAAAUAAAGUGUAUAGUUACAUUGUCUGCAAUGUGGGUAGACUUUUGCUAACAGCAGGCUUUAUAUGUUGACACUGUGUGGCACUUAAUUCAAUUUUAAUUUCAUCUUCAUGAUGGACUUUUUUUACUCCAGGCUGGAUUCAGUGAUCAGUGCGUUUUUCUUUCCAUCAUUUGGGAAGGAUUUAGGUUUAGUCUUAUUCUGUUUUGUGUAUCAACCAGAUACAGUCAAAGCUACAGCUUUUUCAGAAGAACUCAAGAUGUAAGGCGGCCAGGACAGAUUCUAGUUUUAAGACACUAAUCUGUUUUUCUUUUUUAUGACAUUUGGUCCACUCUUCCAACCAGAUGGUGGCACUAAUGCUCCACUAAUUUGUUGUCCAACUGCUGUUAAACAGAAGUUGAAGAAGAGAAACCAGGUGGUCAUUAGAAAAAGGUUGAUGGAAACAGCAAAAUUAAAAAUAACUUCCUAAAAUUCGCACAACUGUUUUUAUGCUCACUUGAGGCGUUUUUUUUUUUUUUUUUUACUUUUCCAAAAAAGAGUUGGUGCGCUAAAGAUGGAGACACAUUUAUCAAAUACGAUCUGAUUAAGCGAACGUUCCCAUCCUCAGCUGGGUCUGAGUCCUACCAGAGGCAAAACUUCAUCUGAUGACAUCACACCGUGUCACCUGGUUGAUUCCAUCCAAACCAGGAGGAACAUGCAUAAUUAGCAUUUCCUUUUUAAUUCUUAAUUGGACAUUUUAAAAGUUUGUUAAAAAUUUUCAUGGAGUUUGGAUGGAAACAUUUGUUGAAAUGCAGAAAUCCACCUGUUCAGGCAUGUUAACACAGCUUGGCUGGUUCUGUUGGUGGUUAAAAGGUUCUGAGUUUGAUGCUUGUUGGUCUUUGGUCGCUAUGGAAAUGUUUUUAACUCUGAAGUCUGUCUUGGCGUUGGUGAUUGUGGGAUUCUGAUUAGACGUUUUUUGAGUAUUUUUAAAAAUCAAAGGUAUAUUUUGAAAUCAUGUUAACAUACACAUAUGCAAAUAAUCUUAACUUUGCUAGACUUUUAGAAGUAGAGUUUGUUAAUGUUAAUUCAGAUUUCUUUUACAUAAUUUUAUUUAUUUAUUUCAUCACAACUAAACUAACAGGUAAUCACACAACUAUCUUGUGUGAAGAGGUCAUAACCACAUGAAGAUAAUGCUAAACUAUGUCAAUUAAACUAAUCUGACAAAAAAUCUAUUUCCAUUUUAUUCUGACUAUUAUGCUUAUUUAGACUGAAAAUAAAUAAAAUAAGACA